AUGGCAAUGCUUCCGCUAGAAAUCGUCUCAAUGGUCUUCUACAAUUGUCUUCCGGACGUAGACGAAAGUGAACCCAGCGGAGAAUGUCAAAGCGCCCACAGACAAACAUUAUUCAAAGUAGGUGCGGUAUGCAAGGCAUGGCGCCAGACUGUUUGGAAUAUACCUGGUUUUUGGAGAUACAUUCCCCUUGAGCUUGGACCUUCAAAUAUUACAGACACGCCGCCUAUUGUUACGUCUUGGAUGGAGAGGGCACGACAUAUACCACUGUCAAUUUCCGUUUUCGUGUCGCACCGAGACUGUCCUCUGUCGGAUACUGGAUUGAAAAACUUUAUACGAAUUGCCAACCUCUUUAAUACAUCUUCAAGUCGGCUGGAAAACAUUGUCCUCAAGAUGCCCACCAACCUCCUACGACUAUUUGCUGCCCAAUCUCCGAAGUUAAAAUCGAUCAGUAUAUACAACAAUGACGACGAACAGUUGAUUUUCAACAAUUUGAAGGAACCAUACAAACCAUGGGUGAUCGUCUCAUACUCGGAAAGAGUAGGAUUAGCGAACUUGAACACCAAACCGAGGCCGUCCACUCUGUCCAUCAAUCGUGUUCUUCUGAAGUCUGUCCACGCUUGCUGGGACAAUCUAGUCUCUGUCGACACCAAAGACAUCAAUCUGGAAGAUAUUUUCGAAAUUUUGAGGCGCGCGCCGAAGUUACGAGAGUUCCAGAUCUACGAAAGUCGAUCUCCACCAUAUACCUUGACGGAAUCCAUCCCACACGUCCCCCAAAACGAUCUCGAAUCCCUCGACAUCAUAUGUGAAAGUGCGGAAUUCCUGAACAUUCUUUUCAGCAGGAUAUCCCAGCUUCCCUGGUUGACCUCCUUAAUGAUCGACGUCAGAAUUGGCCAAAUCGAUUGCAAGUGCAUUGCGGAAUUGAUGAAGCGUUCGUCUUGUCCCCUCGAUGAAUUCGUCAUUACAGGGCCCCUUGCUGCCGAUUCCGAUGUGCUAUCAAUGCUCAAGGCAAUGCCCUAUCUGACAUACCUACAUAUAUCUCCAAACAACAAGUCUGACCCAAACUACACCGCCAAAAACAUAUUCGAAUGUGUCUCGGAUACCACCCGAAGGCGCGACGCAGAAAUCGAAAGCGAGCAAAAUAACAUGCCUUCUGACGCGCUUCUUCCUUACCUUGAGUUCCUUAGCUAUUUUCCGAAUGGACCUGAAGACUCGAAGAUGAUCUGGGACCUCAAAAACACUUCCAAUAUGACGGGCGUUAUUCAAGCGCGGUGUCCUGACAUUGACGUAUGUCGGUGCACCAUUGAGGUCGAAAUGAGGCCGCAAGGCCCCUUCUGCAUUCAUUAUCUACCUUCGGGUUAG